UACAAUUCUUGUUAAACGUCAUCAUUGAUGAUCGCUUAAUUCCUCUUUCUUUGUUACCCCCUCGCCUGUGUAUGUGUUGUUGUUAUUGUUCACUCAAUGUAAGUUUGUAUGUGUUGUUGUUAUUGUUCACUCAAUGUAAGUUUGUAUGUGUUCGUUGCAUUGGUAGAUUGUUCGUAAUCUAGGCGUUACCAGAUCGUCUAGAAACUUCUGUAGCGACAGGCGAGGCUCAUAUAAAUAGGGGAAAUGGAAAGGCAGUUAGUCAGUUGUGAAUCAGAUCGCGAAUUGAAACCGUCGAGUAAAGUAAAGUGCAAAGUAAAGUUGUGUGAAUAAAAUCAUUGUAAUAAUCGUUAUCCGAAAGAACCCGCGUUUUAUUUGGUACGAGCUGUAUUGGGAAAUAAAACAACGUCUACACGGGAUUAAGUAAAAUCCAAGAACGUAACAAUUGGUGUCAAAAGUGGGAUUACGAUAAUACUACGAUGAAGUUUAAGGAUCUACGAGUGGAAGACUUGAAGAAGGAACUUAAUAAAUUGGAAUUGUCCUCUACUGGCAACAAGGCUGAACUACAAAAACGUCUGUUGGAUGAGUUCGAGCGCCGUGGUAUGAACAUCGAUACAAAUGAGUUUGACAGUAAGGUUGAAGUGGAUUUAUCGGAAAUGGGCGAAUCCAACGGUGGGGAAGUCUCGUCAGUAGCUGCCAGGGGUGACGAUUUCAGAGAAAUGCUAGCCAAAAUGUUUGAGGAAAAUUUCAGAAGGUUCGAAGAAAAUUCAAGAAUAACGAACGAGAAACUCGAGUACAUUGCAGAAGUUAUUGGAAGGAGAGUGGAAACCGUGGAGGUCCAAAUUAAAGAGUUGGAUAAGAAAGUGCAGUCGGUUGACGAGAAAUUUCUGUCCCACGACCAUAGGGUUACAAAUCUGGAGAAGAAAAUUUCGGAACUGGAAAUCAAAGGUGGUCCGGUGCGAGUUCCUGAUAACACACUAAAAAUCAAACCUCCUGUAUUCGACGGCUCUACGUCAUUCAAUGUUUUCAAGUUACAGUUCGAGACAGUGGCUUCUAGAAAUUCGUGGAACGACAGCGACAAAGCGGUUGCACUACUUCUGGCAUUGAAGGGCAGUGCUGCUGAUGUUAUACAGAGUAUUCCUGUCGCUUGUAGAAACAACUAUGAAGAUGUUAUUGCUGCACUGGAACGUAAGUACGGUGGCGAACAUAAACGAAACAUCUACCUUAUGGAAUUAAGGGGAAGAGUACAGAGGGCAGACGAGACGUUACAAGACUUUGCAGCUGAGGUGGAACGUUUGGUGCUAAUGACGUAUCCAGGAGAGGAUCACCCAUUGCUGGACCGUAUGAAAAUCGAAACCUUUGUGAAUGGCAUACGUGACCCUGAGAUUAAGUAUGCAACAUAUGCGUCACCAAAAGCAUCAUUUUCCGAAACUGUGUCGUUUGCCCUUGCCCAAGAGACGGCAAGAAUAGUUGUUAAGCCCCAGACCCACAAGAUUCGCCAACUGGAGACCGAAGGUUGCGAACCCAAAUCUCUCGUUAACUCGAUCGAAGACGCCAUGAGGCGGGUAAUAGAAGAGACAAAGUUAGUUGGGAUGACUAAGCCCAGGGUUAGAUGCUACAACUGCGAUAAAGCAGGUCAUAUUGCGCGCGAAUGCAGAGCUAAGCGCAAACGAUCCAGGUCAUCGUCACCACCUCCAACGAAAGAUGCGAAUGCCCUGGUGAAAAGCAACAAGGACGGAUUAAUUCCUGUUAGAGUUUUGAACCUGUCAAACAAGCAAGAGCAAAUUUGCCAAUUUUCCGAUGUUGGACAAUGCACACCAGCUGAAGCUGUAGUUAAUUUGGAAACUAGCACCGAAAAGCCAGCUGCCAUGGAGAAGAAGCACCUCGACGGCUACAUAAAAGAGUGGACACACCAAUUAUCACCUUCCGAGAGGAACAAGGCUAAGCAGCUAUUAUGGAAAUAUGCCUCUACCUUUGCGUUGACAAAAGAGCACCAAGGAAGAACAUCAGUGGUGAAGCAUGAAAUCAAUACAGCAGACGCGAGACCCAUUAAACAGCCUCCAAGAAGUGUUCCCCUGGCAAAAAGAGACGAGGUUCAGAAGCUGAUAAGUGAAAUGGAAAAGAGUGGUGUAAUAGAACCAUCGUCAAGUCCAUGGUGCUCCCCAGUGGUCUUGGUCAAGAAGAAAGACGGAAGCACCCGAUUUUGUGUGGACUACAGAAAGUUGAAUGAUGUCACCAAGAAAGACAGCUAUCCGCUCCCAAGAAUCGACGACACAUUGGACACAUUAGCCGUGACGUCAUGGUUCUCCACCCUCGACCUGCAGAGUGGGUACUGGCAAGUAGAGAUCGCCGAGAAAGAUAAGGAGAAAACAGCGUUUGGCGUAAAUGGGGGUCUCUGGCAGUUCAAUGUCAUGCCAUUCGGACUCUGCAACGCCCCGGCUACAUUUGAAAGGCUGAUGGAGCGUGUGUUAAAAGGGCUGCAGUGGAAGUCGUGCCUCAUAUACCUGGAUGACAUCAUAGUCAUGGGACGCAACUUCGACGAACACAUCAAGAACUUAAAGGAUGUUCUACAGCAGCAUUCGUCUUAGGGCCUCAAGCUGAACCCAAAGAAGUGCAGUCUCUUCCAACGAGAGGUGAAGUUCCUGGGGCACCACGUGACGCAUAUCGACGGAUAA